AUGACUUUACAGAUAAUUAUACCCUCAGCUUCGUUCAACCACGACGAAACUUUGGUCGAAGAUUUAAAACAUGCUGAAAUAAGGCUGGAGGUUUAUUUUUACGAAGGUAUUCAAGGCUACAUUGUCUGCAACGGAGAAAAUCGCAAAUCCGACGUCAUAACCCUACACGCCAGCGUACACACACAUGAUUCAAAUGGGGUGACAACCAGCCAAUCUGAUAACAAUGAAUUGGGAGAUAGUACCAGCUUGAAAUUGGACGAGACAAGCGUAGUUUGGCAUGGUGAAGGAACUACAAUUUGGAAUUUUAACCUUCCAACUAUUCAACCUCCAAGUAAACGAACUUCUGGGCCUUAUCUUCUACUUUCUUGCCGAUUUGCCGAAAGUGUUGACUCUGAUCAGAGACAUAGCGGUAUAAUGGAAGAUAUCGUGUUGCCCGAUUACAAGCCAAAUGUACAGGACCUGGAGUAUGGGAACAACACAAUGCAUACAUUAUCGAAAGUGGAAACCACCAUCAACGAAACUAAAUCCAGUAAUGUUACCUGUGACGUCACGGCAGAUCUUAGAAUUUCAAUAGUAAUGGCAUUAAUAAUAAAAAUGAAAUCAACCAAACCAUCUGGCAGGAAUGGUAUGUUGUUAGUUGCAUUGACUAUAGAGCGUUCGGAAGAAAUGGCUACGGCGCAUAAGGGAGACGAAGAUGCGUUGUUUUUCCACAUCACUUCCUUUGAACUAACUUCUGAGAACGGUGCAUUGCCCCCCAUGAACGAGUUGUUUCCAUUGCGUAUGGGAUUUAACGACUCCGUUAAUGUAGUAUACAAAUUAGACAACAAUGAACAGGCCGGUAGGGAAGCUUCAAAGCAGGUCUCAAUAACAACAAACUUGACUAUUCAAAAGCAAGAGAAUGACAAUUUCAUGGAUAUAAGCAACCCUAUCCGCACCAAUUGGAGACCAUACUUGGAUUUAGGUUUAAUUGCACCCCCGAUUAACAAUGCGCUAAAGACAAACAAUAAUUCACCACACCUUCAGUCUCAAAUGAGCAAUUCAGCCAAUGGCUCAAAUAUUCGACAAAGGGCGAUGUUGAACAACGUGUACAAAAUGGAUAGCCCCACAUUUUCCAGUUUGAACACAAAUCUAGCUGGCAGCACUGGAAAAAGGGGUAAACUGUUUGUGACAAGAGAAUCGUCGUCAGUGACCGUGAACCUUUCCACAAAUGUUAACUCCUCAUUAGCUGGGUUGAGACUUACAUUCAUAGGUGGGUUGGAUAUGAAACAAGGAGUGGUGACGAAGUGGAGAAUGCAAGCCAUCAACAACUCAAUAAACCGAUUGAAUCUAUCAUUGCUUGUUCAAAACCCAAUCAACUUCAAUCCUAUAUAUAGUAACACCGCACCAAACAACAACUUUUCAUCAUCAAAUCUACUCAACAACAGUAACACACAAAAUAGCCAGGAGGUCAUUAUCUACAACAAGGCUCAGCUUUAUUCAUUGUACAACACUCUAAAAGUCAACAGUGAGGCUAAUGGAGUGGUCAUCUUGAACAAUGAUAUCCGGAUUGGACCUUUGGAGCCACAGACACUGUUUGAAACAAGCUUGAAUUUAAUCGGUAAUACCAAAGGUAUCUUUAGUUUGGAUGGAUUGAAAAUAUUUGACCUCGCAACUGGGGACGGCUUAGAUUUUGGUAAACUUAUAGAGGUAUUUGUAGUUUGA